GAGAAUCUCGAGAUUUUUCUUCUGCGAUUGACAAUUCACUCGAGCUCGACGACCCAAACAAGUCAAUAAUUGUGGUAUAAAUUUAGAUAGAAAUAUGACUUUGUGCUGAAUAAAAAUAUACUUUUAUUCAUCAGUAGAUUCAAGAUGAUCUAACGCUUUAGAUCUGACCUAUUUAUUCAGGAGAGAGCAUUCAGGAUUCCUAAAAUACUCAUCACUAGAUCGUCUUGUGCAAACGCUCGGUGAACAGGGAAGGGCCUGAGCGAGAAUUGUCUGACUUGUACGCCAAAAGGUCCGGCUUGUGCCGACAGCUACAGUCGUCUCGCUGAAACCAUGUCGCAGAAAAUGACAGGUCGCAAAGUGAAGGGUUUUCCGUGUUUGACGAACACUAGGAAAGUGGUUCGACCAUCUUUCAAUGUCACUCAAAGGCUUCGUAUGCGUGAGCUGAGAGGAUGUUUGCAACCCACCAGACAGACGUACCCAGUGUGCCGGUCUCUCUUCGGCAAGAUCCCCGGCCGUCUUGGUAUACCCCUCAAAGCCAUCAUCAAUGAUCGCUAUCUUACUGAGGAAGGACAUGUCUUCUUGGGGUUCAGCAAGGAUGGCAACUUUGUCCUCUCUUACACACUCAAUGUAGACACGGACGAACACACAGCCUUUCCUGUCUACAUCUAUCAACUCCACUGGUGGCGAUUCAACCAUUACCAAACUAUGGAAAAGGUUUCUGAGGUUGGACUGUUUGGAGAGGAAGAAAUCCAACAAGAUCUCUACAUAGCUAUAUGUAGUUGGCCCAGUGAUAGUACUAAAGUCAUGGUGUAUGGGUGUUCCACCUCGACCAAACCACUGUUAGACGAGGAGAAGCUGCUAUGUUAUGUGACCAUAACAGCAGUGCCAUCCACGGAACCUUGUCCACACUGUCUCCACCUCAAGUACACAUCAGACAUAGCAACUGGUUUCUCUUCAGGUUUCAACCCAGGUUGGUUGCCUCCAGAAUUCCAGGAGGAACUUCCUACUCCAGCAGCACCGACAUGCUUGAAGCAUGGCUUCGCGGUCCACACCAAAUAUGAACUUGCCCCACCCUUUCCGUCCUUCUCCCCAAAACACAGCCUUUCAAAGGACGGGGUCACAGUACUCAAUACAGGUUAUUCCAUCAUAGCCCUCGCUGUCAGCCUUGGCAAAGGAUCACCUUGCAGCAGCCUGUACUCUCCAGGAAACAGUUCAGCAAGAUCCUUCGCAACGCGUGCAUCAGAUGUAGGCUCGAUACGUGGUGGAGGAAGUCGCUGUAGGGACUGGUUACACUCCUCCUCCACCAACUCUCAGGGAUUUGCUCCGGGGGACGAGCGCAACAGCUCGGACCGGAGACACGACAUCAGUACAGUGCCUAUUUAUUCACAGUCUUCCACUGCCAUCACCGACUUCUGCAACUUCGGCCUUGAUGACGAGAGCUCGGACUCGGAGGAUCUCCUCCUGGGCAUACGUCUUGCGAGUGGUCUUCAAGCUCCUAGGAGCAGUUCCCCUUCGGUUAUCAGCUCAAGAGAUUUUCUUGACAUCCUUGAUGAAGAGGAAUUUGAAGGAGCAGACCUCUGCGAGUUUGCAAAACAAACCAAAGUACUUCAGGGACAUUCAGGAAAAAGUCCAUUCAGUCCAACCCCUCAGGAACUAACCACAAGGACAGUCGACCUCCCGACUACACAGGAGACAGACUGCGAGAGUACAUCAUCGGCUGAUGUGGACGUCACUGAUGGCAGCAGAUUACCAAAGACCCCUGUGCCACACAAGGAAGGCACACAUUCCAAAGUUUCAGACUCUUCUAGCGUACGCUUAUCCUUGACACCUAAUGCAUCAAACAGAACUCUUGUAGCUUCACCUGAGCACGAAGCAUCUACUUCAUCUGAGAAGCUUGUCUCACCUAGUGACCAUAACAAAACUGUGCAAUCCAAGUGUGCUCCAAAUCCUUCAGAAAUAUGCAUCACCUUAACCUCAUCUUCUACAAAUGCAAUACCCAAGAUUGGCAACCCUCAUCCUCUGCAGGGCAGUCCUAGGCAUGUCCCUCACUCAUACGCAUUGGACCCAGAAUCCAGGUAUCAUCACCAGAUUGCAGAGAGCAGCUCCAAGCACAUGACAGGUCUGUAUGAUGCACAUCUAGGCUGCCAUGGUCUCUCACCUCGUAGUCUAGAAAGUGAUGACUUCAGCCCGCCUACCAGCAAUUGCCCCACGCCCAGUCGAUGGAGUCAAACUCCAUUAAGUCGGCACAGUCGGCUCCCAGGUGACAACUGGAGCACCUGCAGCUCCAUCUCCUUCCAUCGUCUCAACGAUGUCAACGACAAGGACGACAUCGGCAGCGAGAUCGACCACACCUGCCCUUACCAUCAUGGGAUCUUUGACUACCACUCCCAGGGCAGCGGCCGGAGCACCAUCAGAGAAUGCACCUGCAAGCUCCAAAGGUUCACCUAUUCCGUCCGCCGCUAUAUGGAGCGGUUGUUCCCGAUUGAGGAACCUAUAGAAAGUGAUAGUUUUGAUUAUCACAGUAUGCUACCUUUGACUGUAGUUGGGUCCAACAAUAUGAGAAUGUUACCAGCCAAUCGGAAUCUUCCACAAGAAGGUCCGUUUGUGGAGGUAAAGCAGCUGACUAUGGAUGCUGAGCAUUACAUGUGUGAAGCUAUCCGAACAGUGGCCCCUUGGGGUCGACGCUACAUUGCUUUCACCGACUAUGAUAUGCAAGUACUAGAUGUGUGUGCUGAUUCCUGCAAUGUUGUAGUGAUGAUCAAGUGCCUUGUGCGUGCCUGGCCGGAGCCCAAGAAACCCAAAGAUGUCUUCGAGUUCGAGGAUGACCCCGCAAAUGACACUCCACAGAUGUACCAGACUGGAUUCAAGUUUGCAUGGAACCUCAAAACAGGUCAGUACCAGACAUUUGAGGUGGAAUCCCUGCAGGAGUUUGACCAAGCCCAGCUGUGCAAGGUCUGGAAUCCUGGAAGAGCUCUAUGUCAAAGGAUACAGAGAAGAUGGGCCAUACCUCAAGCCCACACCAAGGGGGUACACGUACUUACCAAUGAGGCGGUCUUCAAGAAUCGUUCACUGACCAAGCUUUUAGAUCCUCUCCAUUAUGUUGCUAUUGUCCUGACGUGAAGCAUUCUUCAGAUCUGUCUUCUGAAGGAUCAUCAUCUGAAUCUUUAUUGGAAAGUCCUCAGGACAGCAUGGAAGGAAUCUAAAUCUUGGGAUAAUGAGAGAUUCCUUCAGGUAACUGGCACAGGAUGUUCGGAAGACCUUUGAACUGUCAUCAGAGAUUAGAUUUUUCUUGAGGAGAAUGCCUUUGGGAUAGCAUCGAAGAAAUCUUCAUAGGUUGGUAAGAAUUUCUUCAGACCCUUCAAGAUUUUGUUCGGAAGGAUUGUCAAGAAACUUGAGGAGGUAUAUUUCAAGAGUAUCUUCACAAUAUUCUGUAAGAAGGGCUUGCCGCAUAUAUCAAUGUUUUUAAGAAUAUCCUCAGACUCUACAAUAUUGCAUUCAAAAGGAUCAUCAAGAAAGUCAGAGACAUUCUUCAAGAGCAUCUUCACGAUAUUCUGUAUAAGAGCCUGUAGGAUUUUUCAAGGUUGUCUUUCAGACUAUAUAAAGAUUCGCUUUUGUGACCCUCCUGAUGGAUCUUCAAAGAUCUGAAUCUGAUUAUUUUCUUGUAACAUCUGCAGGGUAUUUCUGGAAGGCUCCUUGAACAGUCUUCUUUUAUCAGAAUUUUAAUUUUGAGGAUAGUCUAGAUAGCACUCUGAAGGAAAGUCUUCAAAGGAAUCACGUUCUUAGAGUGAACAAACCUACCCACCGCAUGUAAAAAAAAAAAUCAGGGAUUCCAUGAGAACAUUUCAUGACACAAAUAAUUGAUUUUCUUUGACAACCAUUAUAAGCUACUGAAAUCCUUGCAUCUGAUUGGCUCAUAGCAAAUUUGUCAGAGAAAAUCACUGACAAUAUGCAUCAUGAAACACUCCACUGGUUUAAGGAUUUGGCUGAACCUGAUCCAGUCACCAAAACAUUAUGUACAGCUAACAUUUUAACAUGUUUUCCUGAUGGGUAGGGCGCUAUCUCUUAAUUGCUCCGCUUUUUACACAUGCUAAUGAAGUUCCAAGGACAGAGCUUGAUCGGUGUUUUUUUUUCCUAUUUUAAUUAGGUAAAAUAUUUUGUGAGAUUUCAAUUGAUAUCUCAAAGUUCUACAAUCAGAUUUUUUAUAAUAUUGAAUGAGUGACAACUCAUGGAUUAGACUAAAAAUGAUUAUUUUAUGGGGGUUCCUUAUGUGAUUUUUGCAGAAAAGAAAUUGAAUGCAUAAAUUAUCAUAAUUAGAUAAUUUCAAUAAUCAUAUAUGCAUUGAUCUUUGAAGAAAUCAAUUAUACAAGUUUUUAUAAUCCAUUUUAAAGCAAUGGGCAAACAAAAUUAUAAAAUUUAAAGAUCAUCUUUUCUAUCAUGUCCAUCAAAGGCGUUGAAAAUAUCAGCCCACAACCAUGUUUUUAACUCUCUGGUAAAGAUUUGAGCCUAGACAAAAAUUCAAUCAUUGCUUGUUUUAAAUGUGUGUAUUAUAUACACAGGAAGUCAUUCCUUCAUGUGAACUUCAAUUUGGAUCUCUAUGGAUAGCUGUCCUAGGUUUCUCGGGUUUUGGGCACAGGUAUACAAGCAGUUGGUCUGCUGUCAUUUCCACUUCAUCUUCUAGUCAUUUUGAACGUUAUCAAAUAUAAUUGGAUAUAUUAACGAUUCCCUUAAGCAUUUAGACUAAAUGGUGCUAGCCCAAGUGGAUAAUAGACAAACUGGGCAAAGUCGGAGUGGAAAUUAGACAAAAAGGUUCAUGGCAUAACGGCAAUUGGGCCAUGUGGGAUGGCAGAAAAUAUCAUGAAGCAGGUGUAUACCAAUGGGCAAUUUACACAUAUAACAUUGUGUGUAAUAUCAGGGCCCCGUCUUACAAAGAGUUACGAUUGAUCUAUGGUAAUCCAUCAGUGUCAUAAUUUUUUUAUACAUGAAAUGUGCAAAAUGUCCUUUGUAAACAAAGGAGAAUGCACUGAACUGUCAAGAAAUCGAUGAAAUUAUGGAUAUACAUUCAUAUUAUCUAGAAAAAAAAUUUGAGCAAACAUGCAUUUUAUUUUUGACUUUGUUGACUUUCCAUAGUUGCGAUUGAUCGGAUCAAUCGCAAGUCUUUGUAAGACGGGCCCCUGAGGUUGAUUUAUUCGUUGUCUUAACUGAUAUUGCCGCUUUUUAUUUCUUCAUCUGCUCAUUGAUUACUUUAAAUUUGCACUAAAAAUCAUUGGAUGUAAAAAUUGUAAUGCCACCUCACUAUCGUAAGAUUUGAAUGCUGGAAUAAUAAUCCAAUUAUUAUUGAAUUAUUGAAUCUUUGCUAGAAAUUUAAGACAAGCAUUAAUAGUAGAUACUAAGAAGAUGACAAGGUAUCUAGAUUUUAAACUAUUCAAGAGUAAGCAUUUAUAUGAGGUCAUGUUUUUAAAUCGUCAACAUCCCUAGGGAAAGUUACAGAUUGAUGCAGAAGUUCCAGGUUCGAGCCCUGGUCAAGUUUUUUGGAUGGUGACAUUAAAGGACCAUCCCAGACGUAAAUAAAUCGAAUCUAUUUGGUAUACGUCUGUUAAGACUCUAUGAGACACGCAGAAUAUUAUGUCAAAAUAUUUUGACAUUUCACAUAAUACCAGUCAAGGAGACUAUUCGGGUAUUUCAAAGUUUUCAAAUUCUAUUAACUGCUUUCUUGUCUAUGAGUGAGUUUGAUUAGGCAACUAAAUUUGCUGUGCUUUCCUUGUUUUAUUUUGUUUUUAUAUGAAUGAUGAGGCUCUCUCUUUAAUUGGUUUUAGUAUGGAAAUCUUCAAUUAAGUAUUUAAUGUAACUUUUAUGUUAUAAUGCCUUGCCCACCGUAGAUGGAUGCCAGGAGCAUUAUGUUUUCAGGCCAUCUGUCCAUCCAUGCAUUCUCACAUAUCUCGCUAAUGCUAAGACCCAUGAGAGAACAACUUCAAACUUGUUUCAUGUGUGCAUAUUUGACUGACAAUGAUCUGAUAACAUUUUUGUAAUAGCAAGUUUGAAAAUUGCAAAGGUCAUUUUAUUUUGAUAUACCUGAAAAAAUGUUUUUCUCAUGAUUGCUAUAGUUUAUUGCAAGAACGAUGACUUGGAUCCCUUCUGAGGGAUCAACUUCAAACUUUAUUUGUGUGUGCACAAAUGAGAAUGGUCUGGGUUACUGUUUGAAAGGUGUAAGGUGGUUUUUACUUCAAAUUCAAAUGUCUUGCUCUUGCGAUAACUUAAGAACCAUUUGAACCAACAGAAUAUCAUGUGUAAAAAUGAACAAGAAAUUGCAUUUCUACAUCAUGCUUUUUUCCGAACGAAAAUUUGCACUUGAUUGAAACCCUCGAUCUGAUAUUGGUUAGUUGGGAUGGGCCCAACUUCAUGAAUUUGUUCCUGGGGAGCAUUUCAUGAAAGGACAUGUCAGACGUUUUAUCCGACAAGUCCCAUUUUAUCCGACAGUUACCAUAGUUACAGUGCUUCUCAGCCAAUCAAAAUCAAGGAGAGAUGUCAGAUCUGACAACUUGUCGGACAGAAAUGUUGAUGAAACGCCCCCCAGGGGAACGUUUCAUGAAAGGACUUGUCGGACGUUUUAUCCGACAAGUCCCAUUUUAUCCGACAGUUACCAUAGUUAAAGUGCUUCUCAGCCAAUCAAAAUCAAGGAAAGAUGUCAGAUCUGACAACUUGUCGGACAGAAAUGUUGAUGAAACGCCCCCCAGGAGUCAUGUCUUUAUAUGCCUCUGUUUGUGGACGACAUCUACAAAUCCUUUCCUGCACCUCCUGUUUUGAAACGGUGCUUGUGAUAGAAAUAUAAUUGUUAUCAAAACUUCACAUUGCAUCCCACAAAAAAGAACAAAUCAGUGAAGAGAUUGUAUUCCCGUCAUCAGUGUCAAAUUUGAAAUAAAAAGAUAUUUGAAGAUUGUGAUAGUUAUCGUAAACAGAGGCCAUUUCAUGAAAGUUGUCAGCACUGAAUGAAUUGUCAGAGCUGACAAUAUCAGUGAAAUCCUUGGUUUUGAUCGUCUGAGAGGCACUUGCCUCUGACAGUUUUUAUGGUAACUGUUAGAGAAAAUCAACUUGUCGGUGCCGACAGCUUUCAUGAAACAGUCCCCUAGUUUCAAAGGCAUGGGUCACACUGUAAUUUUUCACUCUGUAAACAAGAUAAGGUAAACUUAGUGCCAUUGUGCCACCUUUCCUUAUGACACUUCCAAACAUUGUUCAUUUAAUAUUACACUCCAAAAUACUUAAACUGAUUAUUUAUUGCUGUGGUUGAAAUUUAGAAGCACAGGUUUUAACUGUAUUCAUUAUUGUCCUUUCAAUCUUGAUUUCAGAAUUAUACUGAUUUCAAAUCAUCGUCAGAAUUUGAUGUAGAUUAUAAAUUAUUUGACUAUAUUUUAUUUAUUGACUGAACGCUUUUUUAAUUCGAUUUCAUCCUUGCACUAUGAAUUUGAUGUCAUGAGUAAUUCUAAUUAUUCUCACUAUAUUAUUGAAUCUAUGUUAACUUUAUAUUUUAAUGCUAUAUAUGAAACAUUGCACUUGGAUAUUGGUCUGGUAUAUCAUUUGCAGCAUGCGCGUCAGGUGCAGUUCUUAACCCUUUCGUAUCCAAAGAGUAUUAAAUAAUUUAAAUUUCUUCAAAUGCUGGAAUGUGAUAGAUCCAGGAGGUACCAAUAUUGGUUUUAAAAGAUCCGAUCCACCCCCAACAAGUUGGUUUGAAUAAAAGGGGGAAAAGAAAUCAAACAAGGGCAUUUUUAGUCCAAAGCUUAGCCCACAACUCAUGUCUUGUGAGAGGAAUUGCAAUAUGCUUUUUAAAACACAAUUCAGAUGUGGCCCAAACUGUCAUUGAAAGUUUUAGUAUUUUAUCAGUGUGCUUCAUAAGGUUCACUUCCAAUACAGAUUAAUCUGUCCAGGGACAUGUCUCUUAAAAGACAAGUCCACCCCAACAAAAAGUUGAUUUGAAUAAAAAGAGAAAAAUCCAACAAGCAUGACACUGAAAAUAUCAUCAAAAUCAGAUGUGAAAUAAGAAAGUUAUGAAAUUUUGAAGUGUUGCUUAUUUUUCUCAAAAUAAUUAUGUGCACCACUCAAAGACAUGCAAAUGAGAUAGUCGUUGCCCCUCACUCACUAUCUAUUUUGCUUUUUAUUGUUUGAAUUAAACAAUAUUUCAUUUCCUACAUAUUUUACAAGGACCAACUUGAGUGAACUAUGUAGUAGUGAAAAAUGCUAAUUCCACAUGUUCAGGGAGGAAUUAAUUGUUGUUUCACUUGGCAAUGAGGAGAAAAUUAGAAUAUUUCAUGUAAUCAAAUACAAAAGAAAUAGUGAGUGGAUGUCAUCAGUCUCCUCACUUGCAUACCAACCAGGAUGUGCAUAUAACUGUUUUGUGAAACUAAGGGAAACUUUGAAAUGUCAUAACCGUAUUUUACAUCAGAUUUUGAUCAUAUUUUCAGUGUUUUGCUUGAUAGAUUUUUCUCUUUUUAUUCAAAUCAACUUUUUGUUGGGAUGGACUUACCCUUUAAAGAGUUAGUAAAUAUGUCAUUAUGACAAUUACCAUGGUAACAAGUCCCAGCACCCAAUCACAAUCCAGGCUUCCAUGGUAGUUACCAUAAUGACGAAUUCACCAUUAUUGUUAAGUCUUUACAAAAUGGACCCCAAAACUUAUAAACGUUUGAUAAUACCUGGAAAGAAUCAUUUGGCAUUGGCAGAAAAGAUGUGUUUUAAUAUUCUUGAUGUUGAAGUUUCGACAAUGAAUUUAUUUACUUGAUAUUCACAUAAA